CCCAGCCCUAUACUUACUGCAUUUGCAUGUACUUGAUAUUUCCCUUUUCCUCUGUUGAACAAUUAACCAGUAACAAUGCUGUUGCUUUUGCUGCUUUUUUCUUUUCUUUUUGUUGAAGGUAGCUCAGACACUGCUACAGUGAAGUUUAAUCUCCAGACAAAUGCAGACUGUGUUGUUGGAGAUCCAGUUGUAAUUCUAUGGGUAGAAAAACUUGGAGGAGACAUCAACUAUUUAAUGACAUACAAUGGCUCCCAACCAGGUAUAAAUACACAAUACAGUAUUAGUGUUAAUUAUUCAAGACCAACAACCUUGUACUUUCACUGGAUUGAGUGUAACCACAGCAGUAUCUUUUGUUUUACAACAAUUAGUUCUGUGACAAUUGAAAAUGAUGUUACUGGUCCUCAGACAGUUUCUAUGUGUACUAAAGUUUUAAGAACAGUAUCAAGCACUUGGAUUGAGUUUGAUAGUAAUAAUGGCAUUCUAGUAUCAGGUGGUUCUGGAUCAUGUAACUCAAUUGGACCCUAUUGUUCAAAUUCUUCAAAAUGCUGUUUACCCUCUUCAGUAAUUUUCUUUUCAAAUACAUUUUUGCCAACUACUUUAGCAUCACCCAUGAUACCCAUUGCAUCAAUUCCUGCUAUAAAUUUAAUCACAACACUACUUCCUACAUCAACUUCAGUUCCCACUCAUGCAUGCCAUCCCCAGACUAAUACCACAGAUUGUGGUCAGUUUGAUUGGCCGCUAACACUAGCUGGAAUGACUGUUACCAUAUUGUGUCCUAAUGGCCCUAAUGGAGCUACAGCAAGUAGAAUAUGUUCUGCUUCUUCUAAUUGGGAAUCACCAGAUGUGAUGAGGUGUGCUACUACUGAUGUUACAUAUGGAUUCAUUGAAUUAUCUAAAGUAAACAUUACAGUUGAUAAUUUUGGUUCAGCAGCUUUCAAUAUGAGCAGUUUAGUGGAAAAUACAACAUGUACUCUUGCUGACCAAAACAUUCAAAACAUUAACAUAAUAUCAACAGUAUUGGAAGCAAUAGUAUCUGUUCUUUUGAAUAACGAAAGUUUGCCAUUAAUAAUUGAAACAACAGGAACUAUUGUCAAAACCCUCAAUUUAUUAGUAGAAUGGCCCAUGGAUGUAACUAAUGUUUUAUCCAAUAAUAUAAUCCAGUCAUUUGAAGAAUUCAUACAGGUUGUAUUUGAACAGAAAAAUUUUACAGUGAUUAAAAUUGCUGAAGAAAACAUUUUGUUUAGAGCAGAAAGAUUUGCAAAAACUAAUUUUAGUGGAUUAACCAUAUUAGCCAGUGCUUUUAAUAAUGGACUAAAUUUUAGUACUUCUGACAAUUUGAGUUCGUUGACAUCUUUUGCAAAGGUGAUUUUACCAAAGAACAUUAAAAAUGUCACAAACAGUGAGAACAUUGAUGUAGUAUCAACUUUAUACAAGAAAGCAACCUUCUUUCCAGUUCAUGAAGAAGUGAACUCUUCAUCAUCAGUAAUGACAGUGGUAGGCUCAGCUGUUAUCAGUAUAAUAGUUGGUGGGAUACCUGAUGGUACUGAACUGAUUGAUCCAGUUAAAAUCAUUUUAGCAUUAAAUAAAGAAAAUGUUACAAAUCCUCGUUGUGCUUUCUGGAACUUUACUGGAGCAGAUGGUAUUGGUAAUUGGUCUAUUGAUGGUUGUACUACAGUAGUUGAUCCUAAUGAUCUCAGCAAUGUCAGUUGUUACUGUGAUCACUUAACCAACUUUGCCAUUCUUGUUGACAUAUCUACUAGGACUGCCAAUGGUACUUCUCCUCCAUUUGGUGUUAGAGUUGGAUUGGAAGUGAUCACUUAUGUUGGAGUGUGUCUCUCAUUAGUUGGACUAAUCUUAACAAUCCUAACAUUGCUGGUAUUCAAAAAAUUAAGAAAGAAAGAUUCCAGCAAGUUUCACAUUCAGCUAUGUCUCUCAUUGUGCUUUGUGCUGAUUAUAUUUGUCACUGGAAUUAGUAGAACAUCAGUGAGGCCACUUUGUAUCAGCAUAGGAGCUCUUAUACAUUACUUCACUCUUGUUUUCUGGAUGUGGAUGGGAGCAGAAGCUGUGCUGAUGUUUCAAAAAAUAUGUCUAUUGUUUGUUGGAGUAAGUAAUGAUAGUAAUGGAUACAAUAAUAAGGCUUUAUAUUUAGCUAUACCUGUUGUUCCAGUUAUGAUCUUAUUGGCAGUUGAUAACGGCUACUACGUUACAAGUACAAAAAAUUCAGAAUUUUGCUUCAUUGGUAAAAUGGUACCAUUGCUGGCAGCGUUCUUGUCACCCAUUUUCCUCAUCAUCAUCAUUAAUACAAUUGUGUUCACACUUGUUAUUCGAACUACUCUUAAAAAUGCCAUUGAUAGAAAGAAGCGGAUGAGCAAUUCCUCUCUCUCUGUAUCAGAAGUACUAAAGAUGUUACUGUCUUUUACUGGUAUUAUGAUCCUCUUUGGUUUAACUUGGAUAUCUGCUGCCUUCACUUUCAUAUCUGAGCCUAGUGUAUCUUAUACAGUCCAGUUUAUAUUUGCAUUUUGUAAUGCAUUUCAAGGAUUUUUCAUUUUUAUAUUUUUUAUUUUGCUCAAUAAGGAAUAUAGGAAACUCUGGAAGGCUCAUUUUGUUCAGUGUUUCCCUAAGGCUACUAUUCACAGUGACUACAAGUCUGGACACAGUACCAAGAGCAAGUCAAAAAAUGAAAAUAAUUAUGCUAUUUCAAGUCAUGUAUCUCUUAAUGAUACAAACAAAGAGGAGAUGAAAGAUACUUCACUGUAA